AUGGAUUCGGAUCGGGAGUCCGGCGAAUUACCGGCUAGCCAAGAGAGCCGUGAUGUCACCUCUGAUAUCAGCAUGAGUUCCCAACAACGCGCUGCCCAAGAAGCACUACAAGAGAAGACCGAGGCAGUCCUCGACGCAUGCAAGUGGAGGGAUAUCGCGAGACUCAGGUCUCUUGCAGAGUCUUCAGGCGGAUUACUCAGCGAUGAACUGCGAAGAUCAGCCUGGCCAAUUUUGCUUGGAAUCUCUUCAGAGCCCAUGAAUGGCAGCUUUGACACCAGUCACAUGGACCAAGAAGCCCUGAGUGACUGGAAGCAAUUGAAACCACAUCGUGACGAGGACCAGGUGCAGUUGGAUGUCAACAGGUCCUUCAUCUACUAUCCAAAUGACAAGUCCGAGGCUCAGCUUGACAACUGCAAAUCAGAACUUUCAUCACUUAUUGUUGAGGUUCUGCGCCGUCACCCAUAUCUCUGCUAUUUUCAAGGCUUCCAUGAUAUCUGCCAAGUAUUUUUGCUAGUCUUGCAACCUGCGUGGCGGGCUCGCGUAGUCGCGAGGCUCUCAGUCCUCCGCAUCCGAGACUUCAUGCUCCCCAGCCUAGGUCCAACGACGGCACAACUACGCUUACUCCCCGACUUGCUGGCCAAGGCUGACACCGCACUGCGAGAACACAUCGCCACAAUAGAACCGUUCUACGCACUGGCCGGCACAUUGACAAUGUACUCCCACAACAUUGAGGCGUACCGUGAUAUUGCUCGGCUCUUUGACGUCUUCUUGGCCAGAGAGCCUGUGUUCACCAUAUACGUCUUUGCUCAGAUCGUUGUGGACCGAAGAGAAGAGAUCUUGGAUAUUGAUGAGCCAGAUAUGUUGCAAGUGAUACUUGCCAAAGUUCCGCCCAAUAUGGACUUGGACGCUCUCAUCGCAAAUGCAGUUGAACUAUUCAAUCGCUUCCCACCAGAGUCUCUGCCCUCCUGGCGGCGCAUAUCAAAGUCAAGUUCAUUAAAAACGGCCCGGAAUAUCGAAGCAUGCACUAAACAGACUCUCGAGGAUGGCCACGCCUUCUUCGAAGAGCAAGCCAAGGAAGUAAGGUGGACAGAGACCCGAGACAAAAUUGCAAUGUCAAUUUGGAGAUAUCGCCGGCCAAUCAAAGCUAUUGGUGUGGCGGCGGCUGUUGCUGCCGUUGCCUUUUAUAUACGGAGGAACCCAUCCGCAAUUCACUACGUCAUGUCUUUUUUCAGUACGUUUGGUAAAGCCCAAGGGGGCUAA